AUGAUGAUCGUGAGCGAACACGUGGACCUGCCGACGCCGACGGGCGUCAUGCGGACGUAUGUCCACCGCCCAACGGACGCGUCGACGCGGUACCCGACGAUCCUCCUCUUCUCCGAGAUCUUCCAGCAGACCGGGCCCAUCGAGCGCACGGCGCGCUACGUCGCGGGCCAUGGCUACGUCGUGCUCGUGCAGGAAGUGUUCCACGAGCUCAACCCAAUUGGCACGAUUCUCGCCUUGUGA